AUGAAUCUCAGUAAUGUUGCAGUCAUGCUCAUGAUCUUUAUAUCAUCCAAUCAAGUCUUUGGCACCAUCACUCGGGGUCUCAAUAGCAAAAAGGAACUCAUACCUGCCGAAGCUGAUCUAGCUGACCAUACUGAUCUCACUGGAAUUCACCAAUUUGAAGGUGAUGAUAAACCCCCCAGAACAAGGCUUUGCAACCACUACGGCCUGCUCUGUCAUGUAGUAACACAUGACACACACCAGGUGCCUUAA